UUCAAAAUUGAGAGACAACAUGUCGGCGCAGCAAGAAAACCAAAACAUUGGCACGAGAAUCUCGGAUAAUGCAAAAAUGGUUGUGAUAGAUGGAAGCAUUUUAGAAGGGGGUGGACAAAUCCUUCGGAUAAGCGUCGCCUUGAGUGCCAUCAAGAGGAUUCCGGUCCAAAUUAAAAAUAUUCGACUUGGGAGGAAGAAACCAGGCCUUGCUGAGCAGCAUCUUAAAGGUAUAAUGCUUGUGAGGGACAUGUGCAAUGGUGUUUUACAAAAUGGGCAUGUCGGUUCAACUGAAAUUACAUUCCAUCCAGGGGAGCUUACGAGUGGAACAUUUACAUCAAAGAUCAGCACUGCUGGGAGCAUUGCUCUUUUGAUGCAAAUUGCAAUACCCUGUGCCCUGUUUGCUCCUGGGCCAUGCAACUUUAAUUUAUAUGGUGGAACUGAUGCUGAUAUGGCUCCACCAGUAGACUACAUGAAAUUGGUUACAACCGAGUUGCUUUCAAAGUUUGGUGCUGAGCUUGAAACAAAAGUCAUAAAAAGAGGAUUUUUCCCCAAAGGUGGGGGUGAGGUUCAUGUCUCCGUUCAAAAUGCAAAGGAAGGCCUCCGGCCUGUGUCUUUGACAAAUCCAGGUGUCUUGGAAUCUCUUACUGGUGUUGCUAUCGUUGGAGGAUCAUGCCCAAUGAAGGUUGCAAACGACAUGAAGAAAGGUGCUGAAAACGUCUUGCUUGAAAAGUUCAGCAUCAGACCUAACAUUUCUGUCCAGCAAUGUCCUUCAUUCUGCCCUGGAUCUAGUUUAUUGGUUGUUGGAAAGUCCUCCACAGGAUGUAUUUAUGGAGUCAGUGUAAUUGGAAGUAGGUCUAGAGUGGCACUUCAGCAAGGAGAGCAGGUGGCUAUUGAACUUGCUGAAAUUGAUCCUGACCACUCUUGCGUUGAUUCGUAUGCACAGGACCAGAUAAUUUUGCCAAUGGCUCUCGCCAAUGGAACGUCAACAGUGAUUUGUGGACCAUUGACUUUGCACACUCAGACUGCCAUCGAAAUUGUCAAACAGCUAUCUAAUGCAAAAUUCCAAAUCGAGGAGUUGUCGGAAAAGGUUUUCAAGAUUACUUGUGUUGGAGAUCCACCUGCUCUAUAAACAUUCAAAACGUCAAGUUUCUUUCCUAAGACUUGCAACCAAAUCCUGCAAAGUCGUAACCUUCAGUGCCUGACCCUAGGCAGGUCAGUUCUAGAAAAUGAGUGCAGGGUCAUUUUCUAAUCUCCAAAGCUCAG